CAAAUGAGAAACCCCUUGAACCAAAAUCUCAUCUUUGCCCUCACCGCCUCAAACCUUUCCCGCCAAAAUAAACCGUCAAUUUUUCAUCUCGUUGAACAGCUCCGGCACUGUAAAGAUUCCGGCUCCGCAGAGUCACUGCAUUCCGCCGCUAUAAAAUCCGGUUAUUUAUAUGACACCUUCACCACAAACCAUGUCAUCAACUGUUAUGUCAGGCUCCGAAGAAUCAACUUUGCAAGCCAACUGUUUGAUGAAAUGCCGGAACCAAACGUUGUGUCGUGGACCUCGCUCAUGGCUGGUUAUGUCGACACGGGUCAGCCUGGAAUGGCUCUCUGGCUCUUUGGGAAGAUGCCCGAGUGUUCGGUUAUUCCCAAUGAGUUCACAUUCGCGACUGUGAUUAAUGCGUGUUCGAUCCUUGCUCAUCUCAGAACUGGGAAGGAAGUUCAUGGGCUUGUUGAAGUUUUGGGUUUUCAAUCUAACCUUGUUGUUUGCUCUUCGCUGGUUGAUAUGUACGGGAAGUGCAAUGAUGUCGAUAGUGCUCAACGGGUUUUUGAUUCGAUGAGUUGUAGGAAUGUUGUUUCAUGGACUUCAAUUGUUUGUGCUUAUGCACAAAACGCGCAGGGGCAGGAAGCGCUUCAACUUUUUCGAGAAUUUAUUCAUUUGACGUCAGAGCGCCCAAAUCAUUUUAUGUUGGCUAGUGUUGUCAAUGCUUGUGCAAGCUUGGGUAGAUUAGCUUCUGGGAAAGUUGCACAUGGAUCAGUAAUUCGGGGUAGCCAUGAUUCGAAUGAUGUGAUUGCAAGUGCACUGGUGGACAUGUAUGCUAAAUGUGGGUGUGUUGAAUAUUCUGAUAAGGUUUUCCGGAGGAUUCGGAAUCCUACUGUAAUACCCUACACUUCAAUGAUUGUGGCUGCAGCAAAGUACGGACUUGGGAGAAUGUCUCUUCAACUCUUUCAACAAAUGAUCGAUAGAGGAAUAAAACCGAACGAUGUCACCUUUGUUGGGGUCUUGCAUGCUUGUAGCCAUUCAGGGCUAGUAGAUGAAGGCCUCCAACACUUGGAAUCUAUGUUUGAGAAGCAUGGAAUAUUACCGAAUGCAAAGCAUCAUACGUGCGUCGUUGAUAUGCUUGGUAGAACUGGCCGGCUCAACGAGGCCUACGAACUAGCCAAAUCUAUCCCAACAGAACCAAACCAAGAGGCCUUGUUGUGGGGCACACUUCUUUCGGCGAGUAGGCUUCACGGAAGGGUAGACAUCGCUGUUGAAGCUAGCAGACGGCUAAUAGACUCUAAUCAACAAGUAGCGGGUGCAUACGUCACAUUAUCAAAUGCUUACGCAUUGAACGGAGAGUGGGAGAGCUCUCAUGAUCUUAGGUCAGAAAUGAGGCGUACAGGAGUGCAAAAAGAACCCGGAUGCAGCUGGGUUGAGGUCAAGGACUCAACUUAUGUAUUCUAUGCCGGAGAUGUGUCAUCCUGUGCGCGAGGGAGCGAGGUGGUGGCUUUGUUGAGGGAUUUGGAAGGGAAAAUGAAACAAAGAGGGUAUGUAGGAGGGAGUUUGGGACUGGUCUUUGUGGAUGUGGAGGAGGAGGCCAAGGAGGAAACUGUAGGUUUGCACAGUGAGAGAUUAGCGUUGGGAUUUGCGUUGAUAAGCAUACCGAAGGGAGUGAUCAUAAGAAUAAUGAAGAACUUGAGAAUGUGUAGGGAUUGUCAUGAAGCUUUCAAGUUAAUUAGUGAGAUUGUCGAGAGGGAAUUUGUUGUUAGAGAUGUUAAUAGAUUUCAUCACUUCAAAAGUGGCUCUUGCACUUGUACGGAUUUUUGGUAAUUAGUAUCCAGUUUGUGUUUAUAUCCUUAAUAAUUACGGAUAUUUAAUAUUGAUCCCCG